AGUUGAGCGCUUUCUGACGUUCGUACAACGCAUUUCCGCGGCCGUCUGCAAUUCGCAUUCGCAUCAGCGGCGAGAAUUUCGCGAAAGCCCAACUGUCAUUCUAUCCGGUGUAUAAAUAUUACAAGUCCCAUUUGGGGAAUUCACACAUUUUUAUUCAAAAAACCAUUUGUCGACUUGCGCGAAAAUAGUGCUAUAAAAAGUGCCUGGUUUUACCGAAUUACAUACGAGUAUACGUAUGUAAUAAAAACACCUAACAUAUGCAAAUAUUUAUUUUUAAAACCCAUUCAAGUGCCAAAGAGAAAAGUUGUAUGCAAAAUAAAGCAAAUAGCAGAAUAUUAAAUAUUAAAAUCCAUCUGCCUGCAUAAAAUCCAUUGAAUGAAAAAUUCACAACAAGUGCAAAGCAACAAAUUGAAAAAUCACUGCAGCGUUGGGAAAAGUUGUGGCAAAAGUUUCGCAUUUUCGCAUUUUCCCCGCCAAUUUUCCCCCCUUUUCGCGGUGACGCCUGCGCAGCUGUUUGGGAAAAAUCUAAUUGGAUACUUUUCUGCCAAACGGACAGCGGAAACGGAAGUCGGCUGCCAUUCGCAUUAGACUAACUGACGCGGUCCACUGUGAAGAACCUGUUCAUGGAUUUAUGAGAGUCGCCCAGCCGCACAAGACGCGUUCCAGGUGCAGAUCCAGAUACAGAUCCAGAUCCGAAGCCAGAUCGAUGUGGUUGGAGUGCACAGACUGAGGUCCGCCCGUAGGUAGAAAAUGGCGGACAUAUACCAGGAUGCCAGCACCACGCUGCGCUCCGUGUUUCCCAACUCGCGGCUGGACUCGCUGGCCGGAGUGGAUCGCCGGCUGGAGAGUCAGCUGCCAGGACCACCGGAUUCGGAUGCGGAUGCAGUCACCACCGCCGCCUCGAACAUUGGCUACAAUCCGCUCAACGAUGAAGACUGGUGGGCCAAUGCCAUCGAGGUGGACACCUUCGACUCACCGCUGGCCUUCGAUGCCAGCGAAAAUGGACUGUGGAACGGACACUUUGUACCGCCGCCACCUCGCCCGCCCUUCCUGGAUGAAAGCGUCGCCGCCGACGGCCUGACCACCUGUGAUCUCUGCACGUGGGCAUGGCAGCGCAAUGCCUACUCCCUCGAUGGUUCCAUAGAAACCGCCGGCGAACUUGGAUGGGCAUUCACCCUAAUCAUAGUUUCAAUCAUAUCGGCUCUAAUAGGUGCUAUUGUAAUGGUCAUAGUUCUAAGAUGUAGAAGAAUUAAAUCAGCGAAUGCCAAUGGUGGCCGUCCGCAGCCUUGGUGGUGUCGCAAUAACCGAAACGGUGGCCAAAACCGAUCGCCCAUCUCGAUCAAGCACUCGGCGGACAGCAUCCGGCGGCCCACAAGCAAUUCCGGCGUUUGGACCUGGCUGGGCGGCAGUCGCCGCUCCUCCGCCGGUCCCGACCAGAUUGGUCCGCCGUCGACGUCGCCGGCGGAGAACCACUAUACCCACAUGGACGACGCCUACAGUCCGGUGGGCGUGAGCGAGGCGCUCUACGCGGAACUGGAUCGCGAGUCCGUGCGAUCCGCUAAUCCCUCAUAUCAGAAUACGGCCUACAGUCAGUGUGGCGAGAAAUACAAUUACCAGGGCCACGAGCAGGACAUUCCCAUGGUGGUCUCCUCGGCGCCCAGCAGUGCUUACUACUCGGAUCUGUCGGUGACCGCGAUGCCCGGCGGAGCGAGUGGCAGUAAUCAGGGCGCCUACGAGAUUGUCGGACUGAACGUGAUGUCCCAGCCGCUGCCCAACUGGGAUCAUCAUGGUGGAGGUGUGGGAGGCGUUGGUGGCGUUGUGGCUGCAGGAGCAGCAGCCGCCAUCCUGGGAGCCGGUGGUGGUGGGGGCAAUGGCCUAACGCCAGGCGAGGCGGCGGCGAUGACGCAACGACGAGGUCCUCGACUGGCGGCCAUCAAUGAGUCGAGCACCAGUACUGUGCCCUCGGACUAUGUCUAAAUGAAGUAAACGUUUUAAAACAAAAUACAAACAUAAUGUGAAAUGUUCAGCGAGCUUAACAUGUUAAUAGGAUAUAGGAGUACGUUAUAUACAUACAACCCACAGAUGUAAGGUUACAUUUACAUAAUAUUUAACACUUGUAUACCAUUUAGUGUUUAGUGCGGACUUGUGUCUUUGGUUAAUGUCUGAAUUAUAAUUAUAAUCUGUACCCGUUGCCGAUAUUGGGAUAUAUUUAUACACACUUACAAGGCAAGAAUGUAUUAUAUGUCUAGUUUUUAUGUAGUCUCUAAGCAACGAUUUAAUCGUGGGUGAUAUUUAGCCUAAAAAUAUGCUAUAUUCUUAUGUUCUACGUACUUUAAACAUUUUCUAAAAAUGUAAAAACGACAACAAACGCAUUUUUUCAUAGGCUUAGACGAGUGAAGUGAACGAAGGACAAGAAAUCGUAUUUCCCCCCAGGAUCAGUACACGCAAAUAUAGAAAACGAUAUAUACAUACGAAUACAACAUAUUUAUACACUCAAUAUUUACAGCAGCCGAGAAAAAAAUAAAAACGAACGCAUUUAGCUCACCAACAUAUAUAAUUAUACAUAAACGAGUAUAUCUAUAACAAUAACUAAAGAAGCAUAUUUACAACGAUUUUAACGCAACAGAUUUCACCAUAUUUACCGGGGGAAAUGAUCGUGGCACGUCAUAUCAUUUACCACACCAUUAUACAUAUGUAUGCAAAGCUAUCUAUAUACUAUAUACCAUAUACAAUAAACCGACUCACGACCCUUAGCAGAUGUACUUUAGUUUUUAGUGAUCCGCGGCAGGAAGCGAAUCCUCUGCCGAUUAAUAUAUAGUAACACACAGAAGAACGAACACACACACACAUAAACAAUUCCUGUACAUUAUUGUUUUAGUUGAAAAUAUAAUUAAACAAUUUAUUGAUAUUUACAUUCUGAAUCCCAAAAGGAAGUGGUUCUUUAUUGGAGUAAUUAUUUGUUGAUACAGUAAGUACAAUAGUACACUUCAAGUAUUUAAUAUCAUUUUUAGCCAAGUUAGAUUUUAUUUUAUAAAAAGUACAUAACAAAAACCCAGGUUUAUAAAUUCAACAAACUUAAAGGUUAAAAAACAAAUGAAAUAAAAUCAACAAUCAACUAU